AUGGCGUUCGGAAGUGACUGGGAAGCCAAGGACGCAAAUGUAUACGAAGCGUCCGAUAUCAAGAAGUACUUGGAUGAGGAAUGGGAAAAGAUGGACUUUGAAUUCUGGGCGGGAGCCCGUGAUAUUGCAAACAUUCUGACCAAUGAAGAGUUUGACCGGAUCGAACAGAUGAUUACCGAAACGCUUGAUGACGAUGUGGUCUCCGAAAUGGAGAUCAACGAUUUCUUCUGGUUUAAAGGAGACACUAUUGCCGAGUGGCUCGGAUACGACGACGAGGACGCGCUUCUCAACAGAGACAACGAACCGGACGAUGAGGAGGACUGA